GGGGACUCUUUGACGAGGGCGGAAUAGUAAAAAGACGCACUCAACAGUAAUUUCAGCUUCAGUGGUCAAUCAGCUUCAUAUGUCAAGUCUGCUCAGCUUCUUCAUCCACGUCAACCAAGAUGUCAGCUGCAGAGAGGAAAAGUCAUGAGGAUAGAUCGGUGUGCUCAAACUCAUUGAAAUCAUCAAGGUCGUCAAAACGCUCCAGUAUGUCAGCUGCUAGUUUGGCUGCAGUAGAAGCUCGCGCCAAGGCGGAAGCAACAUGUGCCAGAGCGUCCUGCGCACAAAAGGAGAUUGACGUGAAAGUAAAAAAGGCUCAGUUUAAGGUACAAGAGACGUUGCUUGAAGCUACACUGAAAGCCAUCCAGCAGGAGAAAGAGCUGAAGCUACUGUCCUUGAAGCAGCCAUGGAGACAGCAGACAUUGAGAGGCUCUCCGGAGUACAUGGCGCUGUCCAAAACUCGGCUUGUGGGUCAGCUGAGAGAACUGAAAGCUAUGUUCGAGACCAGUCUGCCUAUAUGGACAAAUACCAGCCAACAGCAGACGGCGACAACCCACAGCCUGGGACUGAGGUCAAAGUUGACAGUAAGCCACGUGACGACUCUCCACCAGAGCACAAACCUGUUCGUAAAGGUGACACGCAGCAGUUAUUCCGACACGGUCCAGCUGCUACUGAAGCAACUUCUGGCCAGAGACACCUGCUGGUCUAUUUCACACCUCGGACAGAAAGCGAACAGAACACCCCACAGUUUAAGAGCUUAUGUCUCUCACCCAAAGACAAUACAAAAGAUAAGGAACAGUCACUUAGAGGUGGAGACAAUGUGUCUGGUGGAUCCCGCUAUGAUGCCUCAGAUUUGGGAAGGUUCUUAGCUCGCCGCGACCUACUCACAGCUGGACUCACAAAAUUCAAUGAUAAGCCAGAAGAUUAUUGGGCCUGGAGGUCCACAUUCUCCAAUGCCAUUGAGGAUCUCAAUUAGAAACCCAGUGAGGAACUCGACCUGCUAAUUAAGUGGCUUGGACCAGAAUCCGCCAAGCAUUUGAGAAGAGUGUGGUCAGUUCACAUCAGACAUCCUGCUGAGGCCCUCAGUAUGGUCUGGGGUAAGCUCGAGGAGAGCUACGGGUCUGCAGAGGCAAAGGAGACUGCUCUCUUUACAAAGCGUGUCCGUUUCCCCAAGGUCUCUUAUAGAGAACCCCAAUGUUUGUGGGAGUGAGGUGACAUCCUCCUUGAACUGCAGUGCGCCCAAGAGGAAGGUUACUUACGAGGCCUCUCCUACCUGGACACCACACGUGGUAUUAACCUUAUUUUGGAAAAAUUGCCCUUCAGUCUUCAGGAGAAAUGGAUGGUGCAUGGGACAAAAUACGAAAUACAAACAUCAGCUACCCACCAGGUUCGUUCGUGAGGAGUCAAGGAUGAGGAAUUACCCGAACUUUGUCGCCGCAACUUCCAGCAUUGCACCAUCUAAGGGAGAGAGAUUCUCAAUGAAAACACCAAGACCUCCAAUAACGGUGUACAGAACAGAGGUGGACAGUACUCAACAGAAGGAUGAGGUCUGGGGUUUGGACAGCCCUAAAACGCAGUUUCCUGCUCAAAAAAGCUGCAACCACUGCAUAAAUGUAGAGCCUUCAGAGAGAAGCCCCUGGAGGAACGGAAGGCCUGUCUUAGAGAAAAUGGUAUAUGUUUCUGUUGCUUUUCCGCUACCUCACACCAAGCAAAGGCCUGCAAGUCUGUCAUUGGGUGCACAUUGCAGCCCUUCAUGCUGGGCCGGCACCUUGGUCAGCGAAGCAAGCUGUUAUCUCCUAUGAAAAGCAUGGUGGGGAGGAAAAUGAAUUUCCCUCUUCUUGCAUCACCACCUCAACUUGCACAGAGGUCUGUGGAAACAGCACCACAGGGAAAUCUUGUACAAAAAACCUGCCUCGUUUAUGUGUAUCCUGAAGGUCAGCCGGAGAAAAAGGCGAGGGCGUAUGCCAUUCUAGAUGACAACAGGUCGUGGGCCAGGUCAACCUUCUUCGAGAUGUUCAAUAUCGCCGAUAACACCUCCCCUUACACACUGAGAACAUGUACAGGUGUGUCAGAGACAGUAGGCUGGAGAGGGAGGGGUUUCGUUGUAGAAUCAGCUGACAAGAAGACCAGUCUAGCCCUCCCUACACCUAUUGUGUGACAAUUUACCUGAUAAUAGGAAAGAGAUCCCUACGCCAGCUGCUGCAAGGUACCGUCCACACCUCAAGUUUCUAGCCUCGAAGAUACCACCACCUGACCCCAAGGCUAAGAUCUUGAACUUGUAGGAAGAGACGCCAUCCAGGCACACAAUGUCCUAGAGCAACGUAAUGGACCCCUGCAGGCUCCCUUCGUGCAACGAUUAGCCCUCGGUUGGGUGAUAGUUGGAGAGGUCUGCUUCAAUGGCGCACACAAAUCCUCAUCCAGACGGGUGACAGGAGACACCAACCCCCGACACCUUCCUCCAGUUUUCUUCUAAUCAGGACACACUGUGGGUUUAUAAGAGUCGUCACGAACCAGGUCCAGGCUGCAGACGGGAUCCAGGAGAUUGCACAGCAUGGCUCAGAAGACGGUUCUGGUCGUUUACGCUCACCAGAGCUCGGCCUCGUUCAACUCAGCGGUUCGUGAUGUGACGGUUCAGGAGCUGACGCAGCAGGGUUACAGGGUCAUCGUGUCCGACCUGUACACUAUGAAUUUCAAAGCCAGCGCCACGCAGGACGACAUCAUCGGUGACCUCAAAAACCCAGAACUUUUCAAGUAUGGGGAAGAAACCAUGCACGCCUGGAAGGAAGGUCGCCUCAGUGACGACAUUGUAGCCGAGCAGUGCAAAGUAAUGGAGGCGGAGCUCGUCAUCUUCCAGUUUCCCAUGUACUGGUUCAGUGUUCCUGCCAUCAUGAAAGGCUGGAUGGACAGGGUUCUCACACAAGGCUUUGCCUUCUCACUGAAAAACAUGUACGACAAGGGUGUUUUCAAGGACAAAAAAGCCAUGUUGACCUUCUCGACUGCAGCCACACAGAAGAUGUUCCAGCCCGACGGGAUUAACGGAGACAUUAACAUCACACUGUGGCCGUUACAGAACGGCACGCUGCACUUCUGUGGAUUUCAGGUUCUUGCUCCUCAGAUAUUCUGGAGUCCGGCUCACUGCCCCCCCGGGGUGCGCACAGCAAUGCUACAAGGAUGGCAGUCCAGACUCAAAGGACUGCUGGCAGAAAAGCCGUUGACCUUUGCCCCCAGUGAGCUGUUUGACCUGAGCUUCCAGGGCGGGUUCUCGCUCUGGCCCAAAGUGAAGGCGGAGUGGGAGUCACAGUCGUACGGCAUCACCACAGGCCACCACCUCGGGAAGCUGCUGCCACCUGACAACCAGACCAAAGCUCCGCCUGCAGAUGACAACCAAGACAAAGCCUCAUAAUUUGCAUACAUAUACAUAUAUAUGUGUGUGUGUAUAUACAUAUAUACUGUACAUAUUGCAAUGAAGCUCACAACAUAAUAAAACUUUUAUUCUUUUGCUUCACUAAUGUGAUGAA